UAAGAGACAGUCACACCUGAAUUGCAGUUAGAGUUUAGACUCCAUCUUACCUUUCACGCUGUAAUCGAGGAGAGACAACUUUAACACAUUUCCUGUUUUUAACUUUCACAACACAGUAACUUGUCCUUGUCUCACAAUGUGUGGUUGCUGCAGCAUCAAAUGUGUGUUUGUUUUCUUCAAUACAAUCUUCUUGGCAUCAGGGGUUGCACUCCUCACAAUUGGAGCGCUGCAAUUCUCAACUUAUUCACAGAUAGGGACAUUUGCAGGAGAUGGCUUUUCUAAAAUUGCUAUUGUCCUCAUUGUGGUGGGUGUCACCAUUGUCCUUGUAUCCAUCCUGGGCCAUGUCGGAGCGUUCAUCAGCCAUUCCUCCAUGGUGUCUUGUUUCAUCGGCAUUCUGAUAGUAAUCAUUGUUUUGGAGAUAUUCACAGGAGCAGCCUUUUACAUACUUCGCAGCAGGACUGUCCUAAUACAGAUGAAUCAGAUGAAUAGUGCUAUGAACACCAAAGCACAACGGGCGAUCAAUGAAUACAGCCAGGAAAAGAGACAGGCCAUCGAUGGGAUUCAGGAUAAGUUCAAAUGCUGUGGUGCAAGCAGUUAUGCCGACUGGUCCCAAAGUGAAGGCUGGGGAAAGUAUGAUGCUGUUCCAGACUCCUGUUGCGUAGAGAAGACUGAAGGCUGUGGAAAGGACAAGGAUAAGGUGUACAAAAAGGGAUGCACCAUAGCUAUCAAGCUGUUUCUGCUGAAGAAUUUGGUUUGGGUUGGUGCUGUCUGCAUUGCUCUCGGAAUUGGAGAGGUCUUUGGGGCAAUAUUGGGUUUUUGCCUGUGUCUGGACAUAAAACGAAAGAAUUAUGAGGACAUCAGUUGAUUCAUCAUGUCAGUCUUCAUACACUAAAACAGUACAAUAUUCAAUAUAUAAACAAUUAACAAUGAAUAUAAAGAAUUUCAUAUGGAUUUGGCAGACAGUGAUUCAUUGGUCCUAGAACACCAGAUUAUUACAUUAAGUAUCAAUGUUAUUACUUAUAUGCCUAAAAGCCUUAUUACAAAUUUUAUGAUUGGCAUAUCCAAAGAAGAGCUAUUUGAUCAGUUAUGAUAUAUGACAGAAGAAACAUGUUGUAAUUUCACAUCUCAUGUAUACUUUUUGUGGAUAUACAAUAAA